CUGUUUACAAUAUUGUGGGAAUGACGAAAGGCUAAAGGGUCAAUAAAUCCAAAAAGGUAAAUCAUGUUGGAGGGAUUAGCAGCCUAUCUCCUGAACAACUAUGUUGGAAAGUAUGUUGAAAACCUCAACACAAAACAGCUUUCCAUUGCUAUCCUCCAAGGUUACGUGGAACUAGAGAACCUGCCUCUGAAGCGAGAUGCUUUAAGUAGUUUGGACCUACCAUUACAUGUCAAGUCAGGUUUCAUUGGAAAGAUAAAGCUGCAGGUACCAUUAAACAGACUGAGCAGUGAACCAUGGGUAAUUUCCAUGAAGAGACUGUAUUUGGUAGCAGGGCCAGUCAAACACUCCCAGUUCAAUGAAGAGAAGGAGAAGGAAUAUGAAGAGAGUAAGAAAAUGGCAAUGCUGCAGGCUUUGGAGGAGAAAUGGAAGAUUUUCAAAGAGGAGAAAGAAACUUAUGGUACCUCGUGGUUUUCCUACGGAGCAUCCAUUGCCACCAACAUUCUGGAGAAUUUACAGCUUAAAAUAGAAGAUGUCCACAUCAGAUAUGAAGAUGACGACUUAAUUCCUGAACGUCCAUUUGCCUUUGGAAUUGUCAUCAAAAGUCUAAGUGCACAGAGCACUGAUUCAGAAUGGAGAUCCAAUGUACGCAAUGUAACAGACAUUAAAUAUAAACUGGUGGACCUGCAGAAUUUCUCCCUGUAUCUGGAUACAGAGGCCAGCAUGAUAGGAGACCUUCCCAGGGAGGAUCUGUAUACUGCUCUUCAGGGUGACAAGUAUGUCUCUUACAAAACCACACAAUUUAAGGUGCAUGAUUAUAUCCUGUCACCUGUUAGUGUUCAGACCAAGCUGAAGAGGAACACAUCCUCCCUACCUCUCAGAUCUCCGGAUAAUCCACGGAUCAGUAUGGAUGUGUGUCUGGAUACUGUGGCCUUCUGUCUGAGUGAUGAUCAGUAUCGAUGUAUCAUAGAGUGGCUUAAAGAGAUGGAGCGAUAUGAACGACGCCGUAAAAAUCGCAAGUGGAGACCAGCAGUCAAAGUCAUGCAUGGCCCGUCGACAUGGUGGAGAUACGCUAUUAAUGCCACACUACACACCAUACAAGAGAAGAGGAGAAAACUCACAAAGGAGUUCAUGGUUCAGAGAGUAAAGAGUGUGUGUGUUUAUCACCGAGUGUACUCAAGCUAUUUACAGACUAAUCAACUCAAUCCAGAGGACUCAGCCACCAAAACAAAGUUGGAGACAGAUUUAAAGUUUGAUGAAUUGAAGAUUCUGCGAGAACUAGCCUACUAUCAUGUGAAACAGCAGGGAAAAUUAUACAAGACACCUGAGCCAGAGAAGGCAGCAUCACCACCACCAGAAGAACAAACUGGGGUUUUGCAGAGGUGGUUCCCAGGAUGGGGAGGGUGGUACGGCUCUUCUCAGACAGGGGCAGAGGGUGGGGCCACCACACAGGCAACCACUCAGGAAGUGGGAGAACCACCAACAAAAAUUAGGAAGAAUGAUUCAGAUCUAGUGAUUGAACAAGAGCUGAGGGACGUGGUACAGGACACCUCAGAGAACACCUCCCUGCUGAAGAAAGACACUGUAUUUGCCCACAUGAACUUCAAACUGGAAUCGGGGGUUUUCAAACUUCUGACAGACCAAACUCCAUCUUCUGCUGGAGAACCAUCAGGAGUUGAUUGCCAGCUGGUAACAAUGAUGGAGUUGGAGUGUUCAUCCAUUAAUAUGUUGUUUGAGUCACGGCCCCGCAGUAAAGCCAUGAAGUUUGGUGUCAAUGUUGGGGGACUGUACCUCCGGGACAAACUCCUGGACAACUCCGUGUUUCCUAACAUUAUUGCUCCACAGCCAAAGGAACGAAUCCUCUCUCUGGCUAGAUCUCCUCAGAGCAGUUUCUCCUCACGACAGGAGAAGCCUUCAGCCAGUCUUCCCAGCUCGGGGGUUUCCAUGGAUAAGAUCUUUGAAUUGUUUUAUGAGAAAAACCCAGUUAAUAGCACAGCUAAAUAUAGGUUGAACAUUCAAACAAAGCCUCUGGAUGUUGUAUAUAAUCCAUCAUCUGUUAAGAGAGUACGGGAAUUUUUCUCCACCAAGAAAAUGAGCAGUUCGAGACUUUCACAGCUCAAACUCACAGCAACAGCAAGACAUCAGAUUCAACAGAUCAAGGAACGGUCCAAGGCAGAGCUCAAGCAAGCCCUGGAGGAUUUGUUUGAAGGCGAGGAGGGGAAGCACGUUAGGUGGGACAUCAAUCUCGACAUCUCGGCUCCUCAGAUUAUGGUUCCUGAGAACUUCUAUGACCAGUCGUCCAACAUGGUGGUUCUAGACCUGGGACAUCUCCACCUCUACAACAAAACAAUGGAUGCAGCCGCCACCAAUCCAAAAGAUGAUGAGAAUGAUGACAAUGGUGAUGAUUUCCAGACCCCCAUGUCAACCCCACCCAGUGAGGCGGAGAGGGUGGAGCCAAUGGAAACCAGUGACCUUUCUAACUUUGCUUUGUCGGAAGCCCAGCUCUAUGACAAGCUGUAUGAGAGGUACUCUCUGGACCUGUCUGACUUACAAGUUAUGGUGGGUAAACCUAAGGACAACUGGAAACAUGUGAAGGGGCGGGGCAUCACACACCUACAUGUGGUGGACAAGUUCAGCAUCAAUCUACAUUUUGAGAGGAGGUUACUACACACAACAGAUCCCGAGUUCCCCAGUAUGAUUGUGUCGGGAAACCUGCCCUCUCUUACUCUACAUGUCAAUGAACAAAAGGUGUCAGUGAUGAGGAAGUGUGUGGAGAUUCUAUCGACACCUACAGCUUACGUAAGUCCCCAUGCUGUACCAAACUCUGAGAGUACCAUGUCUAUGACAGAGUCCAUGUCUGGAGACCUGAGUGACAUCAGCUCCUCCAUCAAUGGCGCUGACAACAGGUCUGCACGUGAUAAGAAGGAUGAAGACAGGAGCAGGUCAGCUGUGGAGGAAUGCCGUCUCCUGUGGGGCCAGUUCUCCAUCAGCUCCCUAAAGCUGGAAAUUCAUAGCUGUGGACGACCUUUGGCAGAGCUCCAGGUCACAAAUGUUAAGGCUGGGGUCACUAAACGACCGUUCGACACCGCAGUACAGGUGUCUAUACACAGCCUGCUGAUUGUGGAUGCCUUACAAACUUACGGUCCAGAUUUUGAGUUGUUGGUGGCUUCACACAAACAUAUCACACUGGACAGUAAGAGCGGGAGUCUCUUGGGCUCAGACCCCUCAUCCCCUAUGUCACCUACCUCCCCUGUUUAUCCCCAGUCCCCAGAGGAGACCUUACCGCAGCCCUCCUACAGUGGUCAUCUGCAGACUGUUCAGGAGGCCAUUAGUACAGCCAUUCAUUCCUUGUGGACAGCCAAGUCUAAAAACGCAUCUAAGGAGCAGCUGAAGUCGGAGGCUGGUCGUAACCUUACGUCCCCCACGCCAGACUCUGAGGCCCUGAUCAGGCUGGAUGUGGAAUUCAUCGAGGAAGAAUCACCCAGCAACAACUCCGGAUGUCCACUGACUGUGGCUAACAUUCAGUUCAACAGUUUGGAUGUUAUAGGAAAUUGUGAAACAAUGAUGGAGUUACUAAACUUUGUAAAGAGGCUGUCUCCGUCCAAGGUCAAAGAUAGCAGUGGCGGUUCCCUUAGCAAGUCAUCUAUUGUCAGCAACUUGUCAGCAGGAACCAGUUCAGUGCCUGACAGAAUUGAGGUGACAGCAGACUUUAACAGAUUAAACUUUUUGGUGAUGAGAAUUGAAGAGUUGGAUGGACUAAAACAGGCCCAUAAGGUUGCCACAGCAACCAUGUCUUCUGCUAAGGUGCAGGCAGCUGUAGACAAGGAUUUGGAUGUGGAGGGUUCUCUGGGGGGCUUCCAUAUCAUGGAUGUGUCAUCGGAAGAUCUCAGACACCAGCAUGUCUUCAGUGUGGGGUCAGACUCAGCUCUCCGACAUUUUCAUGAGGCUCCAAUCCGUGACAUGUACAAAACUGCCCAGGAGUCCAUGUUUCGUAAAGAUCAGGAGGAGGCUUUUUCUUUCCGUUUUCUGAAAGGCAUGCAUCAAGUGAAAACCCUUCAGAACAUUGAGGCAUCACCAAGGAUGAGAAACAUGUCAGAACAGGAGGAAAAAGUGAUGAAUGUUCAUCUUGAACUGGCCUCCAUUUGUUAUGUUCACUCACCAAAACUGUUGCAUGACAUAGCUGACUGUUUUUCUGACUUCAAAGAUUAUACCAGUUCAGUAGCGACAACCAUUAAGUCUGCUGCCUCUGAGGUAGCCACUAAAAUCGUCAACAAGCGGUCCUCAGAUGUUUUAACUCUGGAAAGUUUUUCAAAUUUAAAUGAAAGUACAUUUUACUCAAGCCUUUCACUGGAUGAAACUAGUCAGUUGGAAAAUUUCAGUGAUGAACCAGAAACUAAAAUUAUUCUGAAUGCACAAUUAGAAACCCCUGUGAUAGUUAUUCCAAGGACUUCUUCAAGUUCUGAAGUGCUGGUGGCACAUUUAGGAAAAAUCACAAUUAAUAAUUCCCAUGAUGCAAUGCAAGAGGAAGAAGAGGACAGGUCUGUGAUAUAUCAUGAGCGAUUGAGUGUUGAGGCUAAAGACAUGAAUUUGUAUGCUGUAGACAUUGAUAAUCCAAAAUCCAAAGUAGAAAUUUCUCUUGAUCAUAGUGUCAUGUACAAGAGUGUAUACAAUCAGGGUGACUGUGGAGUUCCCAUAAUGCAUGAUACAACAGUAGAAAUUGUGAUUGGACUUGGUCACACAAAUGUUUCACAGGAACAAGAAAUUGAGACAGUAUACUUGGGAGAGGAGUCUUUUAAAAGUAGUCCUGCAAAGACUGUGGCUCCUCAGAAUGUGAUGGAGGUACUGGCCAAAAUUCCCACCCCAAUCAAACUAGAGCUUUGUAAAGGAGUAUAUGAGCAAGUGUUGGAAACAGUGGACAAUCUUACAUAUGAUGAAAAAAUUCGUGGAAUGGGUGCCAAAAAUAUGUCAUCAUCUGCUAGUUUUACAUCAUCACAGAGAGACAAAGAGUCUUUGCAUGAUAUCCCAGAAGACACUGCAAAGAAUGAUGAGGCAGUUUUAUCAAAAUCUGAGUCAAAGUCAGAAGAUGUGGGAAUUAUCAUGAAAAUUUCUUUUGAAGUGCCAGUUUUCAAUGUUGAAUUGAAGGGAGAUUUUGAUGAAGGUGAAAAAGGAAUUGUGGAUCUUAAACUUCACAAUUUUUUUCUGGAGUUUGAGAAGAGUAAUUCUUACAGUACAAAUAUUGAAAUCCAGCUGCAAUCUCUUACUAUGGAGGACUUGCUUGUAGGUGCAGAUUCAGAUUAUAAGUACCUCUUAAUAUCUAGAGUAUCAAAGGCAGGUGAUCAAGAUUACAUGAGACCUAGACUUUUCUUGUCCCAUUCCUGCCCUGAUAGCACCAUCUUUAUGCCAACAGCCACACUUCCAUCAUCACUGCCUUCCAGUUUUUAUGACAGCAUGAGCCAUUUGACAAAAGGAUCAGCUUCUGAUAUGGGCGGCCAAAGAGCCUUUCAAUCAUCUAAAGCUUCAGGAUUUAAAAAAUCCACUGGAAAAGACUCAUGUCCCCGAACCCCUCCUCCAUCACGGCGAUCCUCAAGGCGAUCGUCUGUAGACAAACUCAAGAUGGAUGACUUGGUUCACAUCAAAGUACAGCUUAUUGACAAAAACUCACCAGAAUAUAUAGAUCACUAUAACAGGACAAACCGUUUUAUCGAUGUGGACUUUAACUGCCUGGAUGCCAAUGUUAAUCUCCAGACCUGGGUGGUGUUGCUGGACUUUUUGGGGAUGGGGGCCAAAAUUCCUGACGCAAGUCAGCUGGAGAAGGGGGUGGACAAUGGCAACCAGAGUCUUUCCCUGUCAGUUUCAGAUGAGCCUUCGGUUAACUCAGUUGUUAAUCUUAAAGUGGAAAGUUUCACAUUGAUUCUUAACAAAUCAGAGUAUGAGUUAUCGAGGGCCAAUGUUGAGCUGCUGUCUGCUCAUGUGAACCUGCGAGAUGAGAACAUGGCAAUUUCAGGUCAGCUCGGUAACCUUUCACUGAUCGACAAGUCCCCGUAUGGAAAGCUGUACCGUGAGAGAUUUGUCACCGUGGGGGAUCAGGCUCUGGUGUUUGAUAUAUUCAAGUAUGGCCCCCCGGAUCCUAACCUGGUAAGGGAUUGUGACAUCAGCGUGAAGUUACAGAUGGCAUCCGUUCGCUACAUUCACACUAACAGGUUCCAGAUGGAGUUUGUGGCAUUCCUUAAACACUUCCUACAACUCCAGGACGUACUGGGGAGGUACAGGGCUGCCUCCGCGGGGAAACGGGUAACAGACAAGGCUACUAGAGGAUCUAGAAUUAAACUAGACAUCAACGCUGACUCGCCCAUCAUUCUGCUUCCUCACAGCUCUCAGACAACAGAUAUCUUAGUGGCUGAUUUAGGGAAGCUUACAGUCAACAACUGCUUCAUUUAUGAUGGGGAGCUGGGGACGUUGUCUUAUGAGCAGGAUGUGAGUGGAUUGAAGAGAACUCAUUCGCAGGAAUCGCUGUCCUCCAUGGCAAUGUCAGAAACUAGUGAGUUCUCCAUAGACAGUUCGUCUGCUGCCACUGGGAUGACCCAGAGUCUGUUCGACAGUUACAACCCACCAAUGGGAGCUAUGGCAAAUCCUAUGCUUCAGAGUAUCUAUGGAAACCUGGAGCAGGACCAGAGAUCCGAAACCAGUGUGGUCCGGCACAGUGUUGAUAUUUAUGAUCCGACAGAGAUCGGAAGUACACCAAAGACACCUAACUCACCAGAGGGCAGCAGUGUGGAUCCCGAGUUUUUCCCGGAUUCCAGCUCUCUGUUCUCUAGUUCAAGUAACCUGACUUCCCAGCAUCGGUUACGCAUCAAUGACAGCAUGAGGGAGGGGAAGAUUAAGAAGACCUCCUCCACAAGCUCUCUGAAUCGAUCCAGAACAAUUCCCAAGUCUGAAGCUGAUCAUAUAUGCUUACUGGACAUCCUGAACAUUCAUCUGAAGGACAUGAACUUGUAUUCUGCAGAGAGAGUGAACAAACACUCCUACAAUGGCUCUGGUCAGGAUCUGGAGUUCAAAGCUUUCAUGGUUCAAAAACAGGGUGGGAGUCCCCUAAAGGAGAAGAUUCAACUGACCUUGGUGGUGGAAAGAAAUCUGGAGGGAGACAUCAGUCACUCUGCUCCAGACUUCAGGGUCAAAGGUGUUCUGUCCUCCGUCCACUGCUCACUAGAUACUGCCCAGUAUAAACUGGUCAGAGGAAUACUGGACCAUAACCUGGGGGAAAAACUCCCAGAAUUCCAACAGCCCCUGAUGUCCCAUCUCAUGGAUCCAGUUAUAGAUACUGUGCUAAGUGGUACAGUCUGGCAGGGCAUUGCUAUGGCAAUUGAUCUGAACAAUGUAACUGUGGAGCUGUUGUUGGCCCGUGCAGAUGGCUCUGAGUGUCCCGAGCAGUCACUGGCCAAGUUGGACUUCAUUUGCUCCACCCUUAAAUUUGACAGCUACUCCGACCAAUCAAAAGAUAUAGAUCUGGUGUCAAAUGAGAUUGUCAUCAGUGACACAAGAUUCAGGGAUGCCCCUGUAAAUGUCCGUCCCAAUGUGUUUGAGAGGAUCCUCCAGCCCGGCCCUCGCAGUAAGAAAUCCAAGUCCUUCCAGCUGGAGCUCCACUACAGGUCCAACCAAGAAUCCAACAAGUUUUCUGUCAUCCUGAACAACAUGAAACUCAUGUGUAUCUUUGACUGGAUUCUGUCAGUCCGGGAUUUCAUUAUGGAGAGUCCGGAAGACCCUUUUGCUUUGGAGAAAGUGGCCAGUGAUGGGAAUGUGGAGAUGGGUUCACCUGAGGUCAACAGACAGACGUCGAAAGAUUCCAACAAGGCCACCAGUCCGUUGACCGUGUCCAGUGGUAUCAUGACAAAGAGAGGACCGAUUGUAGAGGAGGUGGAGGUGCCAUUCGAGUUGAAGCUAAACGUGUCAGACACCCAGUUUAUUGUGGUAGAGGACACCACAUCCUGGGACACGAAUGCUGUGAUCCUUAAAAGCACUGCCAUUCUGAAUUUCCGUCCCAAAGCCAAAGACAAAAUCCUGACGUGCACUCUUCAGUCGCUGGAAGUGUUUUCCUGUACACUGACUGCCGAGAAGGAGACAGCCCAAUCCAUCAUUGAUCCACUUACCAUCCACAUUGAUCUCAAUGUUAAUCCGCUUCCCAAGCAUAAGCUGUCAUCAUCUGGUGGAUUACUGGAGGCCUCAGAAGUCCACCAGAAAAAUCUCAUUCUAGAGAUUUCAUUUAAUAUUAUGAACAUUCGUUUGUCCUACAUUGACAUGAAAAUGUUCUUAGCCAUCUUGAACUCCAUCCCAGAACAAGCUGUGAAAGCAGUUCAGCAGAGCAAAUCUGUGGAUAAUGCUUAUCCUGCUGAGAAGUUGUCCACUCUCUAUGACAUGGGCUUCAGUAUGGAGGACUGUAAGAAAUCUCUGGACAUAAACAAGAUGAAGCUGACUGAGGCUGCUGUCUGGCUGACCGAAAAUGCUGUGGCUGUGGAGAGGAGCAAGUCAGGGGAUGGGGGACUCAAUAUAACAGGAAUAGAGGCGAAGUCUUCCUCUGUAUGUGUUUGUCUGAUUGAUGAUUGUGGGGAUUCUGAUGUACCAUUAGCAGAAAUAGCCUUCAACAGCAUCCAGUUCUCACAGCAGAUACACCCGAGACAGGAGGGGAGUGGAUCCUUUGUUUUAAUGGGCGACUAUUACAACAGAAAGCUCUCAGGAUGGGAGCCAUUUCUGGAGCAGUGGAAAUGCCGUUGUGAGUGGAAGCAAUUCCAUCAUAAUACAGAGAAGAAAACAGCGGUUCAGAUCAAUGCACAAGAGGUGUUAAAUAUAAACAUCACCAGCACCCUGUUAGAGCUGUACAACCAAACCAAGCUAACCUGGUCAGAGGACUACUACAAACAGACAAUCCCUGCGAAUUCCCAGAACCAGCCGAACCAGUCAGGUCAUAUGACACUGGGCAGCCAGAGGGGGCGAGUACCAUUUGUACCGUUUAUGUUGUCCAAUGAAACGGGAUGUAUGUUAUGGUUCACCACUGUGACCACUACACCAAGGUCGGGGAAAAGAAAAACUGCACAAGAUGAUCACUACAUCCAGGCAUCGGAAUGGAAGAAAGUGGAACCCGGAGAAAAACUGCCAUUCUUCUUCCAUAACAAAGAGAAAAAUCGCCAUGAGAAAACCCAUGAAUUAAGCAUCAAUCAGCUUGUUGUCAAAGUGGAUGGCUGGAUGAAGCUGACCAAUGUAACGGUGGAUCGCGUGGGGGUGUACUUCAGACACGCCGAACCUGAUGUAACCCAAGCGAAAGGCUUAGCUGGGUUAACCUACAGCUCUAAACAUGAUCCAUCCAGACAGAAGCAGGCAAGAAUUGUAUUUGAUGUCAAACAGGAGGGAAAAGCCCGUAAACUGAUCACAAUCAGAUCAGCUCUCAUUGUCCGCAAUGAACUGGACUCCAGCAUUGACCUUAAGAUGGCCACAGACUUGGGGCUGGAAGGUAAAUUUAAUAUCAUGGAAGUCCCAGCCAAUGGGGCUGUACCUCUUCCUCUUCCAUAUGUAUCUUCCAUGCUUUAUGUCAGACCAUCUGAUUGGCCAGUGAAGUAUUGUAAUGAACCAAUCCAAUGGCAACAUGUUGGAUUGGCAGGAGAGGUGAAGGAGAGAAUUCUGAAGUGUGAUUCCUCUGAAGGACCUGGAGUUUAUAGAUAUUGUGUAUCAGUCAAACGAGAAAAUUAUCCCGAGCAGUUGCUGACUGAGGACUCGAAUCUGAUUCUGCCCGGUCACACUCUAACUAUACGCCCCCCUGUGAUCAUUCGUAAUCUGCUGCCUAUUGAACUGAGGUACUACAUCAAAGACACACAAAUCAGCGGGACAGUGAAGGCCAGCAAAAAGGCUUUCUUACACGCUGCUGACCCCGAACAGGCGCUGGAACUGGGCCUGAACCUUGAAAACUUUCCAACAUGUAAGGAGCUGGUUGUUCCCCCUGUCACAACCGGACCUCAGUACCACAAGGUUAAGAUCCGGCUGUACGACACAAAGAAACGGUUACUGGAGCUGCUCAUCAAGAUCAUCUUCAGGAGGGGAGGGUCAGUCACGAUCCAUGUGACAGCUCCGUACUGGCUGGUGAACAAGUCUGGGCUCCCCCUGGUGUUUAAACAGGACUUCUCUCAUCAGGAAUCGGCCGGUCAGUAUGAAGAACAUGAACUGGCUCGAUCAGUCACACCGCUGCUCUUCUGUUACGCGGACAAGGACUUACCCAGUCUAUGCACAAUGAGAGUAGGAAAGUCCGUUCAGGGCCCAGACAGUGUACCUGUAUGGUGUAAGAGGUUUUCCUUGGAAAGUGGGACAGGCAUGAGGCGACUGAACGUGGUCCCUAAAACAGGGAACCGCCCUGACUGGUUAGUACAACUACAAAGUCAAGUCAAGCUGUCAUUGGCCAUAUGUAUUCCUAACAGGAAGGUGUACAAUAUUGGUAUAGGGGUUCACCAAGGAAAAGGUCUAUAUGCUGACACAAACAUUGUGACCUUUGCCCCCUUGUUUGAAAUUGACAACCAAUCAAGUCACAAGCUUGCAAUAGCUCAGAGACAUUUAGCACAGAAUGAGGAAAUAAAAUUAGAUACUUGUCUGAUUGCCCUUCCACAAUGUAAGCUACCAUUCCAUUGGCCAAGACUUGACCUGGAUCAGUUGUUAUGUGUAAAUCUAUUGGAUUCUGGAUCCUACUCUUGGUCUGGCGGAUUCAGAAUUGACAAGACGGAUUCCUUCCAUAUAAAUAUCAGGGAUGAUAAAAGUGGCAGUCAUCUUCUAAAGGUGGAGAUCGUGAUGGAGGGACCCACAUACUUCAUCGUGAUUGGAGAUGCGGGGGAAGUCCCCCCUCCCAUCAGAAUCGACAACUUGGCUGAAGUACCUGUGGAGUAUUUCCAGAGUGACACCCAGGAGCAAAAACUGAAAGCAUUCAUCCAACCUCAUACACAGCUAUCAUAUGCCUGGGAUGAGCCCAUACUGAAUCCCUCCAUAACACUGAGGGUAAAGGGAGGAACAAGUGCGACAUAUGACAUGGACAAACUAGAGGAAGGGAAGCAACUCUGUUACCCUAACUUUAUUUACUUGAGAGCAGCAGCUUCAUUUGGAAGGAGUCCAACAGGGGAUGAAACUCACAGAGAGCUGGUGUUAGAAGUCGUACAAGACCAGUACAUCAAAUUCUGCAAGAAGGAAAUUGGAAAUCGUAACCAGUUAUGGAGGAUGACCAGUGGUGGAAUGUUGGAACAUGAGGGGUCGAUUUCUCCUCGAGACCCUCACAUCAGGUCCUCGAAUCCUGUAGGGAAGAGUAUGGUUCUAGACAUAGAUGACAUCGCGCCCAGACCGGGGAGAAUUGUUCCCCUUACCCUGAGGAAACGUGACGAGAGGAGGAAAGCGACACAGACAUGGAAAUUCAUUCAGGAUGGCCGAUUGUGCUGUGCAGAUGGGGCUAUGUGUGUACAAACUCUGGGAGGGGCAGAGUGUCUGAGGGAUACAGCUGUAGCUGUUGUAGGCCCCGGUCCACCCAAGGGGAGAAGUGUCCCUGCCCAUAUGAAGAUUGACAGGCAGAGGCUCCUCCCAGGAUCAGGAUGUCUUGCUGUCAGGACGAUCAUGGAUGGACCAAUCAGAGUGCUGCAAAUAACAGAUGUUUCACAAGGGUCUAAUGCUGAGGUGACCAGGAACUACCAAGACUGGGUCGUUUAUGAGGAGAACCGUGUUGCUAAUCCAGAUGUAAAACCAGGGGAGAAGAAAGCCAGUCUAGAGAUCUGUAUGAGUCUGAAGGGAGGCCUGGGUAUUUCCCUGGUGAAUUACACCCCAGAGGAGCUGGUUUACAUCUCCCUACAGAACAUAUCUUUGGAUUACCAAUCCAAUGCUUCUAACAUGACGGUGGAUGUGGCAGUCGCCAAUGUACAGGUCGAUAACCAGUUGUUCACAGCCACAAGGCCUGUCCUGUUGUACAUUACACCAAACCCCAAAAGGGACGUGUUAGAAAACACCCCAGCACUGAAUGUUGUAGCACAGAAAAUCCCAAACUCCAAGUGGAACGCAGAGAUUUAUAAACAUUUGAUAGUUAAUAUGAAGAAGCUGAGUAUUCAGAUAGAGGAACACCUGUUGUGGAAACUGUUACAAUUCUGUGGAUUUGGGUCGACUGACCAUAUGGACGAGAAAAUCACAGAGGGAGAAAAUCCCAGAAAGGCCCUUGCAGCUGCUACAUCAGUGAAGACAAAGAGAUACUACUUUGGACUGUUGAAAAUCCAUACUAGCCGCAACAAUCUAAGCAUGCUUACAGCUUCCAAACUAUCACCUGAUCUGAAAGCACUAAAGCGAGAUAUGUCUUUAUCACUUGUCAAAUUUGAGGAUGCCAAAGUUGAUCUAGACCCUUUUAUCAAAAGUCACCUGUUUGAAACCAUUGUCUUCCUUCAGAAGGAGAUAGCCUUCCACUACACUGAGGAGUUAAAGAGCCAGGCAGCCAAGAUCCUGGGUUCUGUGGACUUUCUUGGGAAUCCCCUUGGCCUAUUUAAUGAUGUCACAGAGGGAAUUUCUGGUCUAAUUAAUGAUGGCAAUGUAGGAGGUCUACUGAAAAAUGUCACGCAUGGUGUGUCGGAUUCAGCUGCCAAGGUUGUUGGAUCAUUGUCUGAUGGUCUCGGCACACUGAACAUGGACAGAAAUUAUCAAGAGAAAAGGGAACAAUUGAGGACAGGUGCCCAGUCCAGUGGGGGUCAUAUACUGGCAGGUGUUAAAGGUUUUGGUAAUGGACUCUUUGGUGCCAUGACCAGUUUAUUUACCCAGCCUUAUGAUGGUUUUAAGGAGGAUGGUAUUGAGGGACUUGUGACUGGGAUUGGUAAGGGAGUGAUUGGUACAGUGACUAAGCCUGUAGUGGGGGUGUUGGACCUGGCCUCUGGGGCUGCUAAUGCCAUCAGGGACACCAGUAGUAGUAGCUCUCGCAUCAGUCCCCCUCCCGUCCGCCUCCCGCGGUGUUGUCAUGGAGCAGGGAUGCUAAUGCCACCUUACUCACAAAACCAGGCCAAGUCACAGGAACUGCUGCAUGAACUCAACAAAAGGAAGGAGAAGGAAUUCUUUAUUGCUGUGGAACAGCUGAGGAGGGAUGACAAGCUGACCUCCUUAAUUACCUCCAAACAGGUGUACUUCCUCCUGGGGGGUGUCCCUGACUCCAGCAACAUCAUCCUCAGGGUCCCGCACAAGGAGCUGUUCCAUUGUCUUGUUAUGGAGAUCAAUGGUAGAUACUAUCUGGAGUUGGUGCGGUUGCAAACAUCAGGCUCUGAUCAACAGAGGGUCCCUCAGAUCAGGUGUGACAAACAGGCUGUGGCAGAAAGGGUGAGCCAGCAGAUUAACUAUGCUCACAACCUGUAUGAAGAACAACUACACACACUGACCUCUACUGAACCAGAAGAAAACUCAUAGUGAAUCACACCUCUACCAAACUAGUGGACAAAUACAGGAAUUAUCUUAUAAAGAACUUGACAAAAAUUGUGCGACAUAUCUAUUUUGUUGGAUUGCAAGAAAUGUACAUUGAACUGAAAGUUACAAUGAAGUUAAGCAUUAGUGAACAAUGAUGUUAAGCAUGAAUGACCAAUAGCAUGAAUGUAUUUUUUGACUGUGUGAGCAGUAUCUGAAUGUACAUAUAAUAGGCAAAGAAUACUUUCCCAAACAAGGACAAUUUUAAUUUUAAUGAUAAUAAACUUUAAUUAGAGACUGUUUUUUUGUUUAAAGUGUUCAUAUUUUACAUGUACUUCAUUAGUUAACAAGAGAGAUGGUUUGUUUUGUUGGUUAUUGAACCAUUUGUUGACUAUUAAAUAAAAUUCCAUUUUAACUGGAAA